UUUUUUGUGCUUGAUCAUCCAGAAGACAGACUGCCACGGGUGAAAUGGAAGACGACUGUAAGAAUGAUGAUUACCUGGCAGAGGGGCGGAGUCACAAGGAAGACAGGAUUGACCUGCCAAUGGGAGAAGACAGAAAAACUACACAGCCAAUUGAACCAAAGAGGGCAGCGUCAGACAUGAUUUAUACCAUCGAAGAUGUUCCACCUUGGUACCUGUGUAUUUUACUGGGACUACAGCAUUACCUGACGUGUUUCAGCGGGACUGUAGCGGUACCGUUUCUCCUGGCUGAGGCCAUGUGUGUUGGUCAAGACCAGAACACCAUCAGUCAGCUGAUCGGAACCAUUUUCACCACCGUCGGAGUUACAACUCUGAUCCAGACCACCGUGGGAGUAAGACUUCCUCUGUUUCAGGCCAGUGCAUUUGCUUUCCUGAUUCCUGCUCAGGCGAUCCUCAGUCUGGACCGCUGGAGGUGUCCAAGUGAGGAGGAGAUUUAUGGGAACUGGAGUCUUCCACUGAACACCUCACACAUCUGGCAGCCACGCAUCAGAGAGAUCCAGGGGGCCAUCAUCGUCUCCAGUCUGGUGGAGCUUGUGAUCGGUCUGUGUGGAUUGCCAGGUUUGCUGUUGGAGUACAUCGGUCCACUCACCAUCACUCCAACUGUCUCUCUGAUCGGCCUGUCUGUCUUCACCACAGCUGGAGACAGAGCCGGGUCUCACUGGGGCCUGUCAGCACUGUGUAUUUUGCUCAUCGUGCUGUUUGCUCAGUACCUGAGAGCGACAUCCCUUCCUGUUCCUGUUUACAGCAUAAAGAAAGGACUGAGGUCCACCCGAGUACAGAUCUUCAAGAUGUUUCCUAUCAUUCUCGCCAUUAUGUUGGUUUGGCUCGUCUGUUACGUCCUCACUCUGACCGACCUGUUGCCGAGCGACCCUGACAGUUACGGACACAAAGCUCGGACGGACGCUCGCGGUGACAUCAUGACUUCAUCACCCUGGUUCAGGGUACCCUAUCCCUGUCAAUGGGGGUUGCCGGUUGUUACGGUUCCUGGAGUGUUGGGGAUGCUAAGUGCGACCCUGGCGGGAAUCGUGGAGUCGAUUGGAGAUUAUUACGCCUGUGCUCGUCUAUCUGGAGCCACGCCCCCUCCGGUCCACGCCAUCAACAGGGGGAUCUUCACUGAGGGCGUUUGUUGCAUCAUUGCUGGUCUUUUAGGAACAGGAAACGGAUCAACCUCCUCCAGUCCAAAUAUAGGUGUUCUGGGCAUCACCAAGGUGGGCAGCAGGCGGGUGGUGCAGUACGGCGCAGGCAUCAUGUUCCUGUUGGGAUCAGUCGGGAAGUUCACGGCUCUGUUUGCCUCGCUGCCAGAUCCAAUCCUCGGAGGGAUGUUCUGCACAUUAUUCGGUAUGAUCACUGCUGUAGGUCUGUCCAACCUGCAGCUGGUGGAUUUGAACUCAUCCAGAAAUCUUUUUGUUCUCGGGUUCUCAAUGUUCUUUGGUCUGACACUGCCAACGUACCUGGACUCGCACCCUAACUCUAUCCAAACAGGUCUUGCAGAGCUGGAUCAGAUCCUUACGGUUCUUCUGUCCACUGAGAUGUUCGUUGGAGGAUUUUUGGCUUUUUGUCUCGACAACACAAUACCUGGUUCCAGAAAGGAGCGAGGUUUAGUCGAGUGGAGAUCUUCCUCCUCCUCCUCCUCAUCCUAUGAUCUUCCUCUGGGGAUGGGAGUGGUCAGGCGGACUCACUGGCUCAAACGGUUUCCCCUCAGCCCCUCCUUCAUAGGUUUCAAGGCGUCUAAUGACCCGCCGACACCUGAGGAGGAGGAGGAGGAGGAGCCAGGAGGAGCGGCAGAGGAAGCUGCUGACAGCCACUUGCCCAGCACCAAGGUGUGACUGUGAUGUCAUCAGUAACACCUGUCAGGUGACUGAACCAAAUCAGAGAAGCAGGAGGCUCUUCUGUGCGCAUCAUUACCUUCAUAUAAUAAUUAUUCAAUGACUCUUUUUGUCAUUUACAAACAUUUGAUCCAUCAGCUGAUGCUGCAUUCACAUCACAUCAGUCAGACCAAUCAGAACUGCCUGUCAGCAUGAUGUCACUAUAGAUGAUGUCUAAUGACACAACACGACUGAAUGAACAUGAUAAUCUUCACAGAGGGACAAUGUACUACACAGCUGUUUCUCUGAUGUUUGUUAUUUUCACUUCAGUCUGCAGGUCAACCUUUGUUACCAUGGAAACCUAAAAAUGACUGCUGCACACCGCUCAGUGUUUUCAUGACCUCAGGAAACUCACACAUUUUAUUUUACUUUUAUUAUUUUUAAUUUUCUCAUAACAAGUGUGACAGGGGACACUGUAAAAAUGUCUAAACUAAAACACUUAAGCGUCAGAAAAACUGUGCAACUGACAAAAAAACAAAACAAAUUUUUAACAUUAUGUGUUUAAAGAUCAUUCUGUUAACUGAGGCUGAAAACCUUUAGUUAUAUCCGCAAUCUAAAGAAAAGACAAUAUACAAUGAUGAUAAUAAUGAUAAUAAUAAUAAUAAUAAUAAUAAUAAUAAUAAUAAUAAUAAUAAUAAUAAUAAUAAUGUCUCUGAAUAUUAUAAUGAAGGGACUGUUUUUACAUUAAAGUAGAAGUGACAAAUAAAACAUUUUAAUGAAGCUAAAAACAUGAAACAAACACUUUCAGUCGUUUCUGACGGUAAAUGUUGAAACACUGAAGGUCGGAAGAUUCAUCAGUUUUUCACAUAAAUCAUCAGCAUAUAAACAGUUUGAAAUUUCAUGUUUCUGAAUAAUGUAACUUCCAGUGCUGAAAAUAAACUGGUGCCCAGUAAAGAACCCUGUGGCACACCAAACAAACAUAUACCCCCAGGUUUACUCCACAUCAUUUGGGUCUGUAUAACUUGAUUAAUCACACUUUUCUUUUUUGAAAUUUUCACCUCUAACGUACAAUAUAAACUCUGUCAGGUCCUCCAUCCUCCAUCUUGUGGUUCUGGCCUCAUAGAGGGAGACCUAGCUUAAAAAUGAUUCAAAUGUUGAAUCGAUUGUCAAAACUGUUACCGACUGAUUUUCUGUCAAUUGACUAAUCAAUCAAUGAUCUAAUCAUUUCAGCUGUCGAGUCCUCGUUGUUUUCUGGGGAAAUAAUGAAACUGACAUGUAUAGUGGGGACAAUGGGGGCCCCUCUGGAAGUUAAUCAGGCUAUGACCGUACAUAUCAACAUAGCAGAGCCUUUCUGCACAAUGACAUAUUCAGAUAAAUACCUCAGCGUUUCAGUCAGCAACUUAAUAGUUUACUUUCACAUCACAACCUUUUUCUCUUGAUUUCAACGCAUUUUAUUUCUCUUUUUUUUGGUCUAAUUUUUCUGUUCAUAUUCCAGGAUAUUCUACCGUCAUGUCACACUAUUGUCAAAUUUAAAUAAUCUAGAAAUAAUAAUUAAAUGAUGACCAU